AUGCGCAGAGUGGUCGUGACUGGGUUGGGAGCUGUAACGCCCCUCGGUGUUGGAGUCAGAAGGACAUGGCAAAGACUGCUCAACGGUGACUGUGGCAUCGUCUCGACUAGACACCUUGGCGGCGAGUUCACCAAUAUCCCGAGUCAAGUCGCAGGCCUUGUGCCGGUGUUACCGGAUCAAGAUGGAUCAUGGAAGGCAACGGAUCAUGUCACGUCUACUGAGUUGAGACAGACUGCAAAGUUUGCUCAGUAUGGUCUGGCAGCAUCGGCCGAAGCUCUCAAAGAUGCUGGAUUUGAGAAUGGCAAGGGCCUGGAUUCGGAAAUGACGGGUGUCUGCCUUGGAUCUGGCAUUGGAAAUCUCGAAGAGCUCUACGAAACUUCACUGGCUUAUCACCAGGAGAAGAACUAUCGCAAGAUCCAUCCGCUAUUCGUCCCACGCCUUCUCAUCAACCUCGGGGCUGGUCACAUCUCAAUGAGAUAUGGUCUGAAGGGCCCAAAUCACGCCGUCACCACCGCAUGCACCACAGGAGCUCAUUCUCUGGGCGACGCGUCUCGAUUCAUCAAGUCAGGUGAAGGAGAUGUAAUGAUUGCUGGAGGAGCUGAAGCUUGUAUUCACCCAUUGGCGAUUGGUGGAUUUGCCAGGUCUCGCAGCCUGGCGACCAACUUCAACGACGAGCCGCACCUGUCGUCAAGACCAUUUGACAAAGAUAGAUCAGGGUUUGUCAUUGGGGAGGGUGCAGCAUGUGUGAUCCUCGAGGAGUUGGAGCAUGCACGAAACAGAGGCGCGAGGAUAUACGCAGAAUUAGUCGGUUAUGGCAAUUCGGCUGAUGCUCAUCAUCUUACCGCUCCACGCGGAGACGGUAGCGGUGCCCUGUUGGCUAUGAAGAAAGCCCUGAAACAGGCUCAGGUCCUGCCAUCUGCCGUCGACUAUAUCAACGCACAUGCCACUUCCACUCCCCUAGGAGAUGCCGCGGAAAACCAAGCGAUCAAAGCACUGAUGCUAGGAGAACAUGGGAGACGAAAGCCUUCGGAGAUCAAUGUCAGCAGCACAAAGGGAGCCAUUGGGCAUCUUCUGGGCGCCGCUGGCGCUGUUGAGGCAGUUUUCACCGUCCUAGCAAUACAUGAGAACGUGUUGCCUCCAACCAUUAAUCUCGUCUCACCUGGUGAGGGUUUCAACUGCAAUAAUGUUGCGAACAGUGCGCAACAGGCAGAUGUCCAAGUUGCGCUUACUAAUAGCUUCGGUUUUGGUGGUACAAAUGCCAGCCUUUGCUUCAAGCGAGCCGGCUAG